AUGUCUGAUCAAUACAGCAAGACAGGGCCAGCCCCUGCACUCGCGACCAUCGUGUCGCAAACCCCCAGCACUGAUGCCGCCUCGUCCGCACACUAUGACCUUCGGCCAUUUCGUACCGAGGGCGAUGUAUUUCAUCCCUUGUCAACGACAGUCCCUGGCAUCGGGGCUCUGGCCGAGAGCGCCCGAGCGGCAACGCGCGCUGAGCAGAAAAUGAGCCUUGGCCAAGGGUUUCGCCUGUAUCCCAAAGCGGUUCUGUGGUCAAUCCUCAUAUCCUCGACUAUCAUCAUGGACGGAUAUGACAUGAGUCUCCUGACUAGUUUCUUUACCUUCCCCGUCUUCCAAAAAUCCUAUGGGGAGCCGGUCCCAGUGCCCGAGUCACAGCAGGGGGAGGGCCAGGAUCCCUCCUAUCAGAUCUCACCAGUCUGGCAGGCCGCCCUAAUCAAUGGGACCCAGGUUGGAGUGAUCAUGGGCCUGAUUGGGAAUGGAUUUGUGACCGAUAGCUUUGGCUACCGCCGCACCCUUCUCGCGGCGCUUGGCGCACUCGGCGCCGUCGUCUUUCUCGCAGUAUUCGCGCCCAACAUCGAAACGUUGUUGGCAGCGCAAAUACUCUGUGGGAUUCCGUGGGGGGUUUUCCAGACCCUGUCCGUCUCGUACGCAGCCGAGGUGAUGCCGGUCGUGCUCCGGGGCCACUUUCUGAGCUAUAUCAACCUGUGCUGGGUCCUGGGACAGACCUGCGGCGUUGUUGUGAUUCGUGCGCUAGUCGAUACGGAGUCCGUGUGGGCGUAUCGCAUCCCUUUUGCAUUGCAAUGGGUGUUUAUCAUUGUCCUCGUAACGGGGGUCCUCUUUGCCCCAGAGAGCCCAUGGUGGCUAAUCCGCCAGGAUAAGCCAGAGGAGGCCCGAAAGUCUCUCCUGCGUCUCACCAGACCGCGCACAGGCACAGUGUGCGUGGACGAGACCAUCGCGAUGAUGAUCCACACCAACAAGAUCGAGAAGACCCUGACUGGCGACGGCAACAUCUCCUACCUUAACUGCUUCCGCGGCGUGGACCUGCGGCGGACCGAGAUCACGACCAUGGUCUCGGUGACGCAGCAGCUGUGCGGCUCGACCUUGACCUUUUACGCCGCGUACUUUUACGAGCAGGCCGGGUUUCACGUCCGCGAUGCGUUCAACCUCGCCGUCGGAAUGUACGGUCUGGCCAUCGCGGCGAAUGUCAUCUCCUGGUUCCUGCUGCCAUUUGUGGGCCGCCGCCGGCUUUACCUCGCCGGUGCUGCCCUCUCGCUGAUUAUCCUCAUUGUCGGCGGCUGCGUUAGCCUGAUGCCGCAGACCCCGGCGCAGUCCUGGGCGCUGGGCUCGUUGAUUGUCAUUCUGACCUUUGUCUACCAAAUGACGCUGGGCCCGAUAUGCUACACACUAGUCGCGGAGAUCCCCUCCACUCGACUACGCGUCAAAACAGUGGUCGUCGGCCGCGUGGCAUACAACAUCACGAGCAUCGUCACCAACACAAUCACGCCGCGGAUGCUGAACCCGACUGCCUGGAACUGGAAGGGCAAGUCAUGUUUCCUAUUUGUGGGGACGACCGUCCUGUGUCUUGUAUGGUGCUACUUUCGUCUACCCGAGACCUUUGGGCUCAGUUUCCUGGAAAUCGAUAUUCUGUUUCAGAAGCGCGCCACGGCAGCCAAGUUUCGCGUGUUUCAACGGAACUUGGAGCUCUCGGGAUAUAAUGAUCUCCCGGGCUGUAAUGACCGGGGGAUAGAUGUUUGGGAGAGAUAUUGA